AUGGCAUCCAAAGCUAUAGUCAAAGCGAUUACCGUUGCCCUCAAAGCCGAGGACUGGAAGGGCGCUGAGGAUAAAUGUCGCAGCGUUUUACAGUUCAACCCAACGGAUUAUAAUGUGAAUACGUUUCUUGGGCUGGCACUUUUCCGGCAGGGGCAGUUCGACGAGGCCGAGGUUUGCUAUAAGGAGGCGAUCGCGGCCGAGGCCCAGAAGAAGGAUAGAAAGGGCGAUAAUCCAAAUGCGUGGAGUGGGCUCGUCAAUGUGCUUGAGGCACAGAAAAAAGUGGACGAGUACAUGGAAGCAGCAAUGAAGCUGGCCGUGAUAUAUAGGGAUCUGGACGACCGUACGAGGUGCCAGACUGCUGUGGAUAAAAUCACGCCCUUUGUGAAAGAGAAUGGGAGCAAAGAGCAGUAUAAACGCGCGCUCCACCUUCUACUCCCAGAAUCUCCCAUAUUUGAUUUCCUAGAAGGCCGUAUUCCUCACCCCUCGUUCACGCUACAGAAGCUCAUAGACAUAAUUGAAGCGGAAGAGAAGGAGAAAAUAAAUAAAGAGAUCGCUUCACGGCGCUCACGUCUUGGUGUUAAGCCAGGUCAGGUUAAAAGGGAGGUUAAAAGAGAGGUUUUGGGAGCUUCCCCAUUAGAAAAUUUAUACCACCAGAUCCUAAAUUGGUCAGACGAUGAAGAGCUGAGGAGGACAAUUGAUACGAAGCUACUUCAGCACGGAUACGACAAACUGCUAGUUGUCGAAAAGGAGAAGAAGGAUGCGGAAAGAGCUAAAGUUUACAAAUGGGCGGAGGGUCUCGUUAUAUUGAAGUAUCCAUUCGAGCUUGCGUGGAAGAUUGUCAUUGAGUGGAGGGAUUGUGAGAGUAUAGGCGAACAUGACGUAAAUAUCUUACGGGAAUAUAUUCAAUUCUUCCCAGAAUCUGGUCUUUCAAAAGCUCUCAGUGCAUACCUAGAAUCCGAAUUAUCACCAUUUCCCAUACCUGUAGAAAUCGAUGAAGAUGGUAAUCCAGUCGCAAAGGAACCUGCAGCAGAAGAAGGCUCUCCAGAUGAAUUGAUAGAUGCCAUGAUUGAAGGACUCGAAAAAUCUCCCAACUCAAUCCUUUGCCAUCGAAUCGUGGCUGAAUACUAUCUCCCUCUCGACGAAUAUGAACAGGCCAUCAAUGUCUCCCGCAAUGCGCAAAAACUCAUCACCGCUGAAUCUGCGCGCAUCAACCUUCCCUUCCCCAAGAAUACUGACGCGAUAACCGUCAUUUUAGCGACUGCACAGAUUCACUAUCAAUCGCCCAAGUACCACCCUGAAGCCCGUGCGGCUUUUGAAGACGUUCUCACAAGAAAAUCAACCUAUGGUGCGGCCUUGGUGGGUCUGGGUCUUAUUUUGGAGGAGCAGCAGAAGUACGAGAUGGCUGGAGACCUUUUAAGGAAGGCGUUUGUGCUAGAUCCAGAAAAUGCCAAGAUUAGAGCGGAGGCAGCGUGGUGCGAUGUGUUAAUGGGGAAACAUGACGAAGGAAAAGAGGAGUUAGAGAGAUGUGCAGCUUUGGUUGGGGGGCUUGACCCUAGGAGUAGGGAUUUGAAGGCACAGAUAACUUGGAGAAUUGGAAUGGCAGUAUGGAAUGGCCAUGAGGAUUUGAGAGCCGAUAGAAAGAACGGCCCAUAUUCAUUCUUCAUCUCUGCACUACAUAAUAACCAAAAUUUCGCGCCGGCGUACACUUCACUUGGUAUAUACUAUGAAGAUAUUGCCAACGACACUGCCAGGGCGAAUAAAUGUUUUCAAAAAGCAUUCGAGCUUUCGGCUGGUGAAGUAGAGGCCGCUGAACGUCUCGCAAGGAGUUUCGCCGAUAGCAAAGAAUGGGAAUUGGUUGAGAUCAUUGCGAGAAGGGUUGCAGAGGCUGAUCAGAAGAGAUCGGUACCCGGAAAGGGCAUGAGUUGGCCACACAGCGCAAUUGGAGUGGUUGAGUUGAACGCUCAAAACUAUGCACUUGCCAUUCAAUCUUUCCAAGCUGCAUUACGAGUCGCACCAAAUGAUUAUAACGCCUGGGUUGGCCUUGGUGAAGCAUACGCUUCCUCUGGAAAAUGGGUUGCCGCUACAAAGGUAUUUGUACAAGCCGAAAAAAUUGACUCAUCGAGUUGGUUCCCGAAAUACAUGCUUGCGAAUGUGAACCGCGAGUUGGGCGAAUACGAAGCUGCUUGCGCAGGAUACAGAGCUGUUCUUGACCUACAACCUGGAGAGUAUGGGGUUCUUGUAGCCUUGGGUGAGACACUAAGUGCUAGUGCAUGGCAUGAUGUAGAGAAGGGAUACUUUGGAAGAGCCGUUAAUGCAUCGGUAGAAUCUCUACAGGUUGCGGAAAAAAUCGUGAAGGAGCGGCCAGAUGCUUUUAAUCUUUGGAAGACUGUAGGGGACUGUUGCCUUAUUUUCUCAUGGGUGCAGAGCUUGAUAGAGAAAUUCCCCAAAGAGCUAGUCUCUCGCAUCUUAUCUGAGGAUUUUGACAUUUCCGAGUUCGACAUUAUCGCCGACAUCGACGGCGUCGGCCCUAAUACUCUAGAAGAAGCCGAGCAACUAGAUGAUCUGACGAUCUGCCUACACAUGGGAAUUCUAGCCUACAAGCGGGGAAUUUACGCCUCCGCCGACGAUCGGCACGCACACGCCGUUGCCUGGUUCAAUCUCGGCUGUGCCGAAUACCGGGCCUAUGCCUCACUCCCCGCACGGCCGAUGAAAUAUCGACACGCAGCCAUCCGCUGUUUCAAGCGCACCAUCAAGCUCGAGCCUGGAAACCACGAGUUCUGGAACGCGCUCGGAGUUGCAACAGGUGAGCUCAAUGCUAAGGUAGCCCAACACGCGCUCGUACGAGCACUCUAUAUUAACGAGAAGAACGCACGGGUCUGGGUGAACCUGGGCGCGCUCUAUAUUCUAAUGGGUGACAUGGAGAUUGCGAACCAGGCCUUUUCAAAGGCCCAGAGCGCAGACCCUGACUCUUCGAUCUUAGUUAAACGGCAAUUUUCGACGGCGACUUUUGAUAGUAUUACGAAGCUAGACUCUUCGACAGCGUUUUCAUCGCUUCUUGGGCCUAUAUUUGCGCUACAGAAAUUACAGGAGCAGAUCUCUUCUGAACCUGUGUCGUUGAGACUUAACGCACUUUUCAACGAGCGCGUUCAAGAGUUUACUCCAGCAGCUGCCAGACUCGAGAUCGUCUGCAAUACGGUAGAACAACGGUAUGAGGAAACAGAAUCCGAGGAGGAUCUAAUCAGAUACGCGCAAGCCAAAGCAGAUCUUGCCCGCGUAAGGCUCGGGCUCAAAGAAUACGAAGCAGCGGCCGAAAAUGCCAGCCUAGCGCUUGACCUAUCUGGCGACACAGAAGCACUAAAGAACUGCCGUUUAUCGGCACAUCUUACAGCAGGGUUGGCACACUACUACCUAGGCGCCAUGGACGACAGUCUAGAGAUGUUCAAGGCGGCACUAACUGAAAGUAAUGAAAAUCCGGAUGUAGUUUGCCUACUUUCCCAAGUGUUGUGGGCCAAAGGAGGAGAUGAGGAGCGGGACGUAGCGCGAGAUCAAUUGUUUGCAUGUAUUGAGAAACAUCCGGAUCACUUGCAAUCUACGCUAUUGUUGGGGGCCAUUGGGGUUCUGGAUAAUAAUGAAGAUGUGGUGGAUGCGGUUAUGGAUGAUCUACAGGCGGUCUGUGGAGAUGACAAAGUCGACCAGGCAUCUCGGGAGAAAGUAGAUAAGCUUUUAAGCCUUAUCGGUCAACUCAUGAAACCGGACCAAAACAUUAGCAUUGCUGGAACUUCGGUGUUCCUGCGCCCUUUUUCUUCCUCAACAUGGAGCAAAUUGUUGACAGCCUCUCCCGAACCCUCCUAUCACGCGGCAGAUAUGGCCCUCAAGGUCGCAGUUCAAGGGAAGGUUGAUGCAGAAGAAUUGUGUCACGCAUUUAGUCAGAUUGGAGUACUAAGCUACGACCAGAAGGCUAUCAUGGUGGCACCCUGGAAGGCGGACGGGUGGAGGGGGAUGGUGGCUGAUAUUAACUCUGCUAAUGCUGCCACCGCCGCUGGUUGA